CAGAAAGCAAAACAACAGGUAUUCCCUAGUUCUAUUUAUAGAAUGAUACGAUACCUUUUAGGACAUUUUUGACAGCCGUAAAAAGCCGACUGUCAGACCAUAAUAAUCGUUUUAUUGUGUACCUAGAAGAUAUCUGGCCAUGUUAGAAUGAACAAGAAAAAAGAAAAGUCUGGGAAGUUUCCCUUUGGCAAAAAGAAGAAGAACAAAGAUAAGGAAGCGAAAGCUACUGAGGAAGAAAAAGCGCCGUUGAAAGUAGCAACUCCUGAGGAGGACUUUAAUCAAGCACCUAAUAAUCACAUUCAGUCGAGUUUUGUGACAAUCUCAAAGGAAUCCCAAGGGCGGAUCAAUGAACGGCCGGUAGAUGUCGGUGAUGUGGUAGUUGCACCUCAGAAUUGUGUGGCUUUUACGAAGACGUCAGGGGCCAAUCCCUUCCUCCCGAACCACCAGACAGUGAGCCAACCAACGCGAGGGAAUGGACAGCCACCCCAAAUCACGAUCCCCACGGAACCUAAGGGCCCCAGUAGAGUCCACAGCUUCUCUGCCAAGGCCCCGGAGCAGCCCAGCUCCCAGAAAGAAGAAAGUGUGACUUAUGAAAAUGAAAAUUCAGGACGCUCAAAGAAGAAGAAAGGGCAGUCAUUUUUGGGGUCAUUGACAGGAAAAUCAUCGAAGAAAGCAAGAAAAAGCUUGAAUGAAGCAUUUGAGAUAGAGAAAACAAAAGCCACUCAAGAUGACACCAAGGAGCGACAGCCAACAAAUGACCAAGAGUCAUCGUCAUCAGAAGAAAUGGACGACCACUGGGACGAUGAUCCCAGAAAUCCGUUCUCUGCGUCGUUUGUUGUAGAGGAAGAUCAUCCAGCACAAUCACCAAUCAGUGAAAAGGGCCAACAGAACAAAAUCGCAGAUUUCCCCCCACUCCUGGAGGAAGAUCGCACCAAAUUACCAGAAAAAGUUGAAACCACGAAAGGAAGUGAAAUGGAGAGUAAAAAGAAGAAGAAGAAGAGAAAAUUGAAGGUUCCAUCUUUUCGAAGUAGUAAAAAGGCGGGUACACACUCAUCUCCCCCGGUCAGUCCCACAAAGUCAGCGUCUGAACCCACCCACCUCAAGGACACAGCCAGUACUGAAACCGAGCCUGCAGCGAUUGUGACGUUACGACUCCCCCAGCCUCCAGAAAAGCCCCCUCGUCUUCACAGCUAUUCUUUCGAGUCGCCCGAUAAACUGGUCUCUGAAGAUAAUACUGGACAGUUUCUGUCAAGAGAGGAAAGAAACAAGUCCAAACAGUUUUCAUCGAUGAGAGUAUCAAAUAAGAAUCCUCGUUCAACCCUAUUGCAAACGCCAGCUAAAGACAAAGUAGAGAAUAACAAGGAAAAUGAGAGCGACACAUGUGACGAUGAAGAACUUCCCCCAAACAUAAGCAAGAAGAGCCGACAAGGACUUAAGAUAUUUUCAUCCCUCCGCAAAAACAAACCGCCCAAAGUGCCGGGACUAGAAAAAGUGGCUGAACAAGAUGCCGAAGAAUCUAAAGAUGAUGAUGAUUCUGAAAUUCCAAAUCCAUUGUCAAGUGGUUAUCAACAAUCAGGGGUUCUCAGUGUACGAAGCAGCGCUCCACCUAAUUUCGCUGCCCCUGUAAUGGGAUCCCAGAGCAUAGCACAGGGUGAAUUCUCAAAGCAAAGAUCACAAACGCUGCCACCUUCCCGUACAUUUAACUUACCCCCAGCGAGGAAUAAUGAGAUAGACCAAAGAGCGAGAACUGAGUCUGCAGCAUCCGAGACUCUCCCCAGGAUAGAAGAAACUCGCGAAACAUCGUCCGAACCAAAAAAAAUAAGAACAAUAAGAUCAAGGAUAAAGAAAACCUUAUCCUUAAAGAAAUCCUCACACGAGGCAGACGAGACACGACAAGCUUACACUAUGGAGGAGACGCACGAGGACACUAUAGAAGAAGAGAAUAAUCCUCCGCAGGAGAUUAUCCGAGAAGAAGCUAGUUUGGCAAUGGUAUAUUCUGUUCAAGAAACUGAGGUUGAUUUGGAAAUAAGGAAAAGAGAGCUUGAGUCGGUAUUCAAAGACAUGGAAUCAGAGGAAGAGGAAGAAGAAAAGCCUAAGGCAAAAAAUCCUAAACAGUUCCUGAAAGAUUUGACGAAAAAGAAAAAGAAAAAGAAGUCUGAUUCCGACGAACCAGAAGCAUUUCCCCUUAUGGAACGAAGUCUUCCUGUGGAUGAUAACGCAAAAAAGGACAAAAACGCUGCUGAACAGAUUGUAAUGGUGAAAGGUCAGCUGGGGGAAUUGAAAGAAAUUGCACAUGAUAACAUAAAAAAAAUGGAGGAGAGGGAAGACAACUUAGAAGAUUUAAGCGAACGGGCAGAGAAGUUGGAUGAAGCAGCAGGUUUGUUUCACAAGGUUGCGGUGGAGGUGAGAACUGAGGUAGAAACUUGUUGUAGCAAGAGGACAAAGCGGAUUAUUCUCGGUGUUGUUGUCGCUGUCCUUGUCCUCAUCGUCAUCAUCCUCAUCGCUGUCCUCUCUAACAAAUCAGAAACAACAGAAGUACGAACUAUUCAUAUAAUCCAUGUAAUCAACGGAACGGCUCCAUAUAUCACACCGUCACCGGGUUGAAGAAACGCCAUUUGGAAGGAUUUAGUCAUAGCACCUAUACCUAUGGGAUCACACUAUUCAAGGAAAUAUUAAGGAGCCUUGGUUUGAGAUUGGGGACCAAUGUUUUCAAAAAUCUACGUGCUACCGUUAUCUCUUGUUUUGUGACUUUGUUACUUAAACACGUUAAUUUAUUUACAGGUAAUAGAACUAUGAGAAUUUAACGAAGUAGGAAAUAGUAUCGAAACACUACUAAUUAGUGAGCCUCUUCAUUAUAAUCUUAAUUGAUCACAUAUUAAUAUUUAAUCAUCUUUUUGAGCUUUGUUUCUAGCUUUUAAAAUUUUCAAAGAAUUAGUUGCCAGCAUUGCUUCACAUUUAUGAUUUCUUAUAUCAGUAUUAAUUAGUUAAUUCUUGCCUUUUCUCAUAUUUAAUUUUCGAAGACCGCAGUGCUGUUGAUUAAGAAAUAUGUUGUGUGCAUAAUACCAGUAAAUAUAAUGUCUUGUAUACAGUAUUUAGAAAUUGAAAUCUGUAAAUGAAGAAUGAUAAUUUGAAUUACAUAUGAAUUGCUCAAAAUUGAAUUCAAAUCAUUUUUAACCGUCUCUGAUUAUGCUAAUUGGUAAUUUUAAAAAGGCAUAAGUUAAUUAAGAAUGUAUGAUUAUUGAUAUAUAUGAAUAUUCGUAAAUUUGCAUGUACAUAUGUGUUAUUGUUGUGCUCUAAUGAUUUGCGUCAUCUUAUAGUCCAAUCAUUUUAUGUGAAUGGGUAACUAUACAUGUUUACAUAUAGACAAGUGUAUAUUUCAUACUGUGAUACUUCUGUGAAAUGCUAUAUGAAUGAUCUAUAGCCAUUUAUAUAUGUACUUAUCUAUUGUAUUCUGAUUGUAAUGCGUCUUUCUAAGCCAAAGAUACACUGUAUAUGUUGUAUGAAAUAAGUAUAUACCCGUAUUUGUGAUGUGAUUAUUGUGCAACACCUAGGCCAUUAUUCAGUUAUGCAUGAUAAACACCAGUAUUUAUGGUUGUCAUUUAAUUAUUGUUAUGUAUACCAACUAGUUAUUGUUCGUACAAUUUAUUUUAAGAUUGUGAGUAUGUGUCCCCACGUGUAAAUGGUUGUUGUAGUUAAUCUGAGGUUUCAGCUUUUCUUCGAAUCAAAUUCUUUCUGGUCACAUUCUGUCGGUCUGUUUGUCCAUUUUAAUCCCUUUGUAACUUUUCACCAUCUCAAAUUCUUUUUUUUUAAACCGCUAGAAAAAUUAAACAAACCUUUGUUCAAAGGACUCAAAGGUAAAGAACAACAAUAAAAAGCCAACGCUUUAAAAGGGACAGUUAUAAAAAAUAAGUUUUAAAAAAAGAAUGAGUGUCUCUUAAAAUUACAUUACAUGUGCUGCGUCUAAAAUGCGUUGGGAAAACGUCUUAGAUAUUGUAGAGUUUAAAUAUUUAAAGCAACAUCCUUCCACCGAUCGUCUGGGGUAUACAUACAUACAUACAUACAUGUUUUAUAUAAUGUAUUACUGUGCAUGCCUCCUCGUAUAGAACAUUCCAAGACUGCAUUUUACAAAAACAACUUAUCGACAAAGUCGUAAAUCUUUUUUAGUUUCAUCGAAUGGUCCUUAAUGGAGUUGCUGGGUGAGCGAUGUGGCGCAUAGUCCUCUUCUUUGGUACUAUACAAGCUCUAUGUUAUAUUUUGCACAUUAAUGUGAGUACAUGUAUAUGUUUGUAGUGAUCUAAGUGAUCUAAGUGUUGUGUAGUACAUUUACGUGUAUAAUGAUGCAUCAUAAGAGUAUUUGGGCGCAUUUUCAUACCGAUUAUAGCUAUAAAUGAUACUUCUAUAUUGAAAUACUAUGUCUUGAUUGUGGUAAAUGUUGUGAGUUAAACAAACACAAUGAUUCUAGUCAUACACCUAACUAAAGU